GAGGCGAGCCCGCCCGCCCGGGAUGCCAUGGCUCCGCCGGGCUCCGCGCUGCCCGCCUGCCUGCUGGGGCUGCUGCUGCUCGUGUGCCGCGGAGAUUUUGGCCAUUCCUCCGAACUGGCAUUCGUUGUGGAGCCCAGCGAUGACAUAGCCGUGCAGGAGCAACCCUUGAUCCUGUACUGCCAGGUGGAGGGCAUCCAGCCCAUCACCAUCACAUGGAGGAAGAACGGUGUGAUGAUCGUGGACAGUGAGAAUGCCUUCAUGUUGGCCAACGGGUCGCUCUACGUCUCCCGCUUCCAGAGGGUCCGGGGAGACGGCUCUUCGGACGAGGGCGAGUACGACUGCAUGGCACAGAACCACUACGGGCUGGUCGUGAGCCGGAAGGCCAAGAUCCAGGCAGCGACGAUGUCCGACUUCCACAUCCACCCUCAGAACGCAGUGGUGGAGGAAGGUGGUGUAGCAAGAUUCCAGUGCCAGAUCCAUGGCUUGCCUGAGCCGGUCAUCCUAUGGCAUAAGAACAGCAUGCCAGUCAACACAGACAACGAAAGGUACACACUGCUUCCCAAGGGGGUUCUCCAGAUAACGGGACUGAGAGCAGAAGACAGUGGGAUAUUUCACUGCGUUGCCACCAAUAUCGCUAAUGUGAAGUUCAGCCGGGAGGCCCGACUCACCGUGUCAGGCUCCCACUCCACCGUUUACAAGGACCCCAUGAUUCUCGUGGGGCCGGAGAACCUCACGCUGACAGUGCACCAGACGGCGGUGCUGGAGUGCAUCGCCACGGGCAACCCCCGGCCCAUCGUCUCCUGGAGCCGCCUCGAUGGUCGCCCAAUUGGUGUGGAGGGGAUCCAGGUGCUGGGGACAGGAAACCUCAUGAUCUCAGACCUCACCGUGCAGCACUCUGGAAUCUAUGUGUGCGCCGCCAACAAACCCGGCACCCGCGUGCGCAGGACGGCCCAGGGCAGCCUCGUGGUACAAGCCCCUGCAGAGUUUGUGCAGCAUCCCCAGUCCAUUUCCAGGCCAGUGGGGACCACUGCCAUCUUCACGUGUGUGGCCCAAGGGGAACCCCCUCCCCAGAUCACUUGGCUGAGGAACGGGCAGAUCCUGGAGACCAGCGACCACAUCAAGCUGAAGAAUAACAACAGCACUCUGUCCAUCUACGGGAUCAACCAGACGGACGAGGCCAUCUACCAGUGCCUGGCGGAGAACAGCGCGGGCUCCACGCAGGCCAGCGCCCGCCUCACCGUGCUCUGGGCCGACGGGCUGCCCAGCCCCCCACAGGCCGUCAGGGCCGAGACCGUCUCUGCCACCACCAUCCAGGUGUCCUGGGAGAAGCCCCUGCAGAACACCAAGGAGAUCAUCGGCUACGUGCUGCACAUUCGGAAAGCUGCAGAUCCCGUCGAGAUGGAGUACCAGGAGGCUGUUAGCAAGAGCACCUUCCAGCAGCUGGUGACUGAUUUGGAGCCCUCGACCAGCUACAGCUUUUAUAUAAAGGCUUACACCUCCCGGGGUGCCAGCAAAGCCUCAGAAGUCACGGUGGUGAGCACGCUGGGGGAAGUCCCAGCCAUGCCAUCCCUCUUUAUUAAAGUCAUUAACAGCACUGCCGUGCAGGCGACGUGGGAGCCCUCCAUCAAACUGGGCCAGCACGAAGGCUUCAAGCUGUACUACCGCAAGGUCCACCUGGCCCAGUACACAGGCCCAGUGCUACUGGGCAGCAACGUCACAGCCUACAACAUUACCCACCUGGACGCGUCGGUGGUGUACGAGGUCAAGCUCCUCGCCUACAACCAGCACGGGGAUGGAGACUCCACUGUCCGCUUCGUGUCCCUGAGGGAAACCAUGGAGAGGACAGUAUUGAAUCCCCCCUGUGACUGCAUGAAGGACGAGCAGAACAAUAAAACCUCCACGACCGGCAUCAUCAUCGGGAUCCACAUCGGCGUCACCUGCAUCAUAUUCUGCAUCCUCUUCCUCAUGUUCGGGUACCGAGGAAGGCUGCUGAUGUGCAAAAACGUGCAGGAGCAGCUCUCAACCCCACAGAUCCCCAGGAGCCAGCGGAGCGCCGCAAGCCUUGUCCUGAACGGGGCUGCUCGCAGGGACAGGGACGACCGGGACUUGAACGGAAAGCAGCUGGAUAUGAACGAGCUGGAGAGGUUAUUCCCAGCAUCCCCAUCCCAGGAGCAGCAGGAUAAGGGAAUGACGUCGGCUCACAGCCCGCCGGCCCCCCACGACGACACCCAGAUCUCCACACUCCCUCUGGACGAGUUCAGUAUCAUUGAGGAGCAGCCAGACCCCCUCCCAAAACCCUCCCGUGGCAGCAGCCCCCCUGCUCCAGCUCCCGACCACGGUCCCGCCAAUGAAGGAUAAAACUGCCAAGACUCGAA